UCAUAGCUAUUCUACAUGGUAAUCAGAGCGAUACAGAUCUAGUCGAUCCCUCGAUCCUCUUCUUCGUACCCUCCCUUGCCCACCCUUGUCAAAUCAGUCGGCUCCCGUCAUCAACUCCACCAUCGCAGUCAUGUCAUCCUCCACAAUAUCAUAUACCACCACAACGGCGCUCACUGCGACCAGCUCCUUGUCACUUGCUGGAGCCGCUCAAUCUGUCAAUAUCACCAGUCUCAUCAACAUUCGGCUGGACAUGACGUCCACAGCCUAUUGGCACUGGCGCCGCCUCUUCACCGUUGUUCUCGACAGAUUCAAUCUGAUGCCACACGUCGACGGCUCGCCGGCCAGGCCCAAUGAUCCGCUAUGGAUCCAAGAGGACCUAACCGUCCUCAUGUGGCUUCACGCCACACUUGCGGAUGACCUCUUCGACAUGGUGAAUGAAGACGACAUCUCCGCGCAUGGCGUCUGGACCAGGAUCGCCAACUUCUUCCUCGGCAACCAUGACAGUCGCGCCAUCCAGCUGGAACAGGAUCUUCACAACCUUCAACAAGGUGAUAUGUCGGCAUUGGCCUACUACCAUCGCCUCAAGACUCUGUCCGACACGCUCACCGAUUGUGGCUACGCCAUCGGCGAACGAGCGCUUGUUCACCAGCUCAUCCGCGGCCUCAACCCCAAGUUUCACGUCCUCAAGCAGAUGCUGCCCCAUAUGCCUACCUUUCCAACGUUCAUCCAGGCUCACGAUUAGCUCAUCGUCAUGGAAAACACGAUCACGUCGUCGACAGCGGACACCGCCGCAACUGCUCUCGUCAUCACCAAUGGCUCCACCAUGUCCAGCUCCAACCCGGCAGCACCACGCCGCGUCAAACCAACGAUCGUGCUCCAGCUGAUUACACUUGAAAGGGAAAUAGGGUCAAACCUUUUCCUAAAUGAUUUUGGUGGUUGAAUUGCCCAACACAAAUAAUUGGACUAACUAGUUUUCUCUAGAUUAUAAGCUCUACAUGUGUCAAAGGUUCACAACAAAUCAAUACAAAGUCCAAGAAAGGCUUC